AGAGGCACUGCAUUUGCUUGUUUCUGGUGUGUUGUGUUGUGUUGGUACUAUAUGCACGGAACAUCUCUGAGUCUCGGAAUUCAUCAUUAGCGAAGUCGGAGAAAAAUUGCACGGAAUCACGCGUAGCAAUUGGGCCACCCUGAUAGUUUUAAUUCAAAUACAGCCACGAAAACUCCAUUUAAAUCUUCCCCGGAUUGUACUAGAGAAUGAAAGCUUUUUAAUUGCUGCGGAUGCAUCAAUGGCUGCUGCUUCGUCCUCGCAGCCUGUCCGCAAUCCCCAAAUGGAACGUUUUGGGUUUCAGGGAGCAGGAGACGCAACACCGAAAUCUCUAGAAUCGCAAUCUCCGGCAACCCUUUUGGUGCGGCACCUUCCGGAGGCCAUUCCUCAUGACACCCUCUCACGGCUUUUCUCUCAUUACGGUGCUGCCUCCGUUCGUCCUUGCUCUAGUGGAAGAUUGAGAAACUGUGCAUUUGUGGAUUUCGAAGGUGAAGCCUUGGCUGCUCAAGCUCAACGUCAGUUAAGUGGGCUGAGGUUUCUUGGCAAAGUUUUGUUGGUGGAGAGAGCUAAUAAGCCAAGUGGUGAUAAUAAAUCUCAACAACUUGGGAAGGAUUUUGCACAGCCUGCACCAUUGGUGAAGGAUUCUAACUUGAGCAGAGGUGCCAAUGAAGAUUUGAGAUCAGGGUUCCUACUUGGUGCUGAAGCGAUUGCCCCUAGACUUGGUGUGGACUACCCUUUUCCUCCUUACCUUGAGUAUGCUUACCCUCAACCAGAUGGAAAUAUUCUGACCAACAUUGUAAAUGCUCUUAUAGCUGUUCCUCGUUUUUACACCCAGGUAUUGCACCUGAUGAAUAAAAUGAAUAUUCCAGCUCCAUUUCGAAUGGCCUUGCCCACCCCACCCCUGCCACCUUCAGCACCUGCUCCACAGCCACCACCACCACCACCUCCACCUCCUGCUCCUAUUGCUGCAAAGCCUUCUGUGGCAGAUCUGUCUAGCAGUGAAUCAGAAAUGGAGUCCUCAGAUGAGGAGGUUAAAGAAAAAGGCAUAAUGGAAUCUAGACGGAAGCGUGCGAAGCGAGAAUCUAUUGUAGGCCCUGCUAUUGACAAGACUGUGGCUCAUGAGGCUGUUGGAGUGAAACCCGCUACAUUGGUCCCCAAAGAAAUACCUUUGAUUAAAAAGAAAAAUCCUGUAUUACAGAUAAAAAUUGCCCCUAAAAUGGUUCAGAGUGAAAAGAGAGAUGAUAGCCAGCACCAAGAAAUUUUAGAGGAACCAGUUGAAGAGGUUUCAGAUUCUAAACACUUUGCAACCCCAGAGGAGUUGGAAAAGGGAAAGUUGCCUCCUGAAGAGAUUCUAUCUCUUCCAAUGUUUAAGAAUUAUGCAGCAGGCAAUCCUGCUUCAGUGUUGUACAUUAAAAACUUGGCAAAAGAUGUUGUUCCUGAUGAUUUUUAUUUCAUCUUUGGAUCAUUGUUUGGAAGCUUUGAUGCAGCCAAAUCUGGUCUUAAUGUAAAGCUAAUGCAGGAGGGAAGAAUGAGGGGGCAGGCUUUUGUCACAUUUCCAUCCAUUGAACUUGCACAUCAUGCUUUGAACCUAGUGAAUGGUUAUGUCUUCAAAGGCAAACCAAUAAUCAUCCAGUUUGGCCGGAAUCCUGGAGCAAUAAAAACAAAUUGAAUUGUUGUGUCAAGCUCCUCAUAGCACCCCUGGCGUGUUCAGCUCAUUGCUGACGUUUCCUUUCUCAUAUUGUUGAGCAAGGUCCUCUGUAUUGAUGAAAACUCAAGCCUGCAGUUGUAGGAGACCCAAGAAGAAGUCUAUUAAAUUAUUUUAUUCUUCAUUGACUGUACUUGGAUAUGAUGAGUUUUGGAGAGGAUUCAUUGCAAAUGAUGAAUAUUGUUGCUCUGCAAGUUGAUUCCUAAGAAGUCUAUAUUUUUAGAAAUGCCAUUUGGGGGGAAACACAGGGUUUUUGAAUUUAGUUCAGGUAAAAAUCCUUUUACUGGAUAAGGGGAAAGUCUUGACAAAGAGAUCUUUUGCUCUUGUGACCGGCGCAUCUCCGCUAUUAUGCAAUAUGCAUUGUGUUGCUAAUUUUUGGAUUUUCACUGGUAUUGCUGGUUUAUAUUCUAGUGUUGCUGACUUAAACUUCUUGUAAAGGUCGUCUAUACUGUUGCU